GGAAAAGGGAGAAGAGGAGGGGAAACAAGGAGAGGAAGUAGGGCAGGCUCGCUGCAGGGGAGGGGCCACUAGUGAGAGAGGAAGGAGAGAGCUGCUGGAGCCGCGUAGCAUCGGUAACAGCAAGCUAACAGGCAGACACAGGCAGACACAGGCAGACACAGACAGACAGGCAGGCAGACACAGGCAGACACAGACAGACAGGUAGGCAGACACAGGCAGACACAGACAGACAGGCAGACAGAUAGACAGACAGACAGACAGACAGGCAGGCAGGCAGGCGACCAAAAGGCGUCGUUAGGAUCAGCAGCUUCUCCAUCUUUCUUCUCUCCUCCUCCUGCUGCUGCGUUCGCUGCUGAAGGAGAACAUGGAUCCAUAACCCCCCCUCCUCCUCCUCCUCCUCCUCCUCCUCCUCAGCAUUCACACAGGAUGCUCGGUGUGUGAUGCGGCGGCUACACUGUGGGAGUCAGGAGUCGUUGCUGAGCGCUGGCUGUGUGUCCUCUCUGGAGCUCAGGAUGGACCAAUCGGUGAUCAUCAAGCCGGUGCACUCGUCCCUGCUGGGACAGGACUACUGCUUUGAGGUCACGACUUCGACGGGAACCAAGUGUUUCUCAUGUCGUUCGGCAGCAGAGAGAGACAAAUGGAUGGAGAACCUCAGGAGAGCCGUGCAUCCCAACAAAGACAACAGCAGGAGGCUGGAGAACGUCCUGACGGUGUGGGUGAUCGAAGCCAAGGACCUGCCCGCCAAGAAACGGUACUUCUGUGAGCUGUGUCUGGAUGACAGUCUUUAUGCUCGGACGUCUUGUAAGCUGAAGACUGACAACAUAUUUUGGGGAGAACGUUUCGACUUCAGCAGCCUGCCGUCCGUUGCCUCCAUAACUCUUCAUCUCUACAAAGACACCGACAGGAAGAGGAAAAAGGACAAGAGCAGCUACGUCGGGUUGGUCAAUAUUCCGGUGGCCAUGGUGACCGGCAGACAGAUGGUGGAGAAGUGGUACUCCGUCAGCACGCCUAGCACCAGCCGAGGGAAGUCGUCUGUGCCGACGGUGCGUGUCAAAGCUCGCUACCAGAGCAUCGUUAUCCUGCCCAUGGAGCAGUACAAAGAGUUUGCAGAAUACAUCAGCUCCAACUACCUGCUGCUCUGCAACACUCUGGAAGCCUCCAUCAGUCUGAGAGCGAAAGAAGAGCUCGCUGCUGCUCUCGUGCACAUCCUGCACAGCACGGGGAAGGCCAAGGACUUCUUGACAGACCUGAUGAUGUCGGAGGUGGACCGUUGCCGUGACAAUGACCAGCUAAUUUUCAGAGAAAACACGCUGGCAACAAAGAGCAUCGAAGAAUACCUGAAGCUGAUAGGACAGAAGUACCUGCAGGAUGCCCUCGGUGAGUUCAUUAAAGCUCUAUACGAGUCAGAUGAGAACUGUGAGGUCGACCAAUCUCGUUGUGCAACCUCGGAUCUCGCCGAGCAUCAGGCCAACCUGAGAAUGUGCUGUGAACUUGCCUUCUGCAAGAUCCUUGACUCGUACAGGGUCUUCCCCCGGGAGCUGAAGGAGGUUUUUGCAUCAUGGCGACAGGAGUGCAGUAGCCGUGGGCGAGCAGACAUCAGCGAGCGCCUCAUCAGCGCCUCGUUGUUCCUGCGCUUCCUGUGUCCGGCUGUGAUGUCACCGUCUCUGUUCGACCUGAUGCAGGAGUACCCCGACGAACGCUCUGCUAGAACUCUGACCCUUAUUGCCAAAGUCAUUCAGAACCUCGCCAACUUCAGCAAGUUUGGGACUAAAGAGGAGUACAUGUUGUUCAUGAAUGACUUUGUGGAGCGGCAGUGGAGCAGCAUGCAGCGUUUCCUGCAGGAGAUCUCCAAUCCUGACGGACUGAACCACACCGCCGGCUUUGAUGGAUACAUCGACCUCGGCCGAGAGCUAUCCAGCUUGCACACCCUACUGAUUGAGCUGGAUCAGUCAUGCCUGUCAAAGCUCGUUCCUCUUCCUCGGAUCAUCAGAGAAGUGUCAGCAGCACUGGCUAACCCGGGAGGCGUGGUCAAUCCAGGGAGCGUUCCCAUGUCGUCUCCAGAGCCUAAGCGUGUGGUGUCCCCGCCCCCUCUGUCCCCGCCUCCUCUGUCUCCGCCCCUCUCGCCUCCUCUGGCGGCUUGUAAUCCCUCUAUUGGCCUGCAGGGUGGUGUCGGACUGGAUGGAGGUUUGAUAGACUUCACCAGACUUCCCUCACCGACUCCAGAGAACAAAGACUUGUUCUUCGUCACCAAGGGAUCCAGUCUGCAGCCAGCAUCAGGUCUGCAGGGCUCCCCGGCAGCGAGCUCGUCGUACUCUGAGCCUAAUGAAAACGAGGCUGGUUUUGAAAUGACCAAUGGGGGCCGCAGGGAGGGGCCGGAUCUGACCAAUGAGAGCCGCAGUCUGUCUCUGGUCGACUUACAGGAAUCCUUCCCGAGCGAUGGCCUUGACGACGGUCAAUGGCAGCGCAGGACUGGACUCCUCCCCCUCUCCUUCCAGAACCCUGUGUAUCACAUGACCGCCACGUCGCCGCGGCAACCGCAGCACCCGACAGACGCCACGCCCUCGGACGGCUCGGCGGGGUCGCAGGGGGUCGUCGAGGCAACCAAACCGGCAUUUCUCACCCAGAUGUCUGUGGGGCUGGGAGGUGCGGAGAGGGGGGAGAGGAUUUCGGCCAUGUCCAGCAGCAGCAGUGGAGAGGAAUACUCACGACGAGCUCUGACUGAGACUCUCACAGGUAGCUCCGCCCCCUCUCGUCAGACAUCCUCAGGACCUCAGAGACGCAUCGACCAGCCUCCCCCACCCUCAUCUGCUCCUCCUGGACCUCCUCGAGGUCGGACUCCUCCCAGCAUGCUCAUCGGCGGGGGAGGCCCCGCCUACCCUGCUCGUCCCGCCUCCGGCAGCAUGAUGUCAUCGAGUCCUGAUUGGCCGGGCAGCGGUCAGUCACGGCUCAGACAGACGUCCUCAUCUUCUAAAGGAGACAGCCCCGAGAAACAGCGCCCCACGGCCAAGGCUCCAUCCCCAUGUGCGUUGGACCGGACAGCCGCCUGGCUGCUCAACAUGAACUCCGCCUCCUCCUACGGCGAGACGGAGGAUGAGCGCCAUGAGGACGCCCUCAUAGAGAAGUACCAGCAGGAGAUUGCGUUGCUGCAGGAGAAGUUGCGAGUUGCAGCACUGCGGCAGGACGAGUGUGAAGCCCGACUGCUGGUCCAGGAUCAGCAGAACCAGCGAAUGCUGCAGGAGUACCAGGUGCGGUUGGAGGACACAGAGAGCAGACUGAGGCGUCUGCAGGACGAUAAAGAUCUCCAGAUGAACAGCAUCAUCAGCAGGUUGAUGGCAGUAGAGGAGGAGCUGAAGAAGGAUCACUCUGACAUGCAGGCUGUGGUCGACUCCAAACAGAAGAUCAUAGAGGCACAGGAGAAGAGGAUCUGCAGCCUGGAUGCAGCUAACGGGCGGCUAAUGGCGGCGCUAGCUCAGCUGAAGGAGCGUUACGCCGUGACAUCCCAGAGGAACGGCCUAUCGCCUAGCAACACGUCCUCUCUGCAGAUCACAGAGAAUGGAGAGUUCCGGAACUCCGGCAACUGCUGAGCUCAGAUUGGCUCGGACCACAGGCAAGGGGAGGGGCUAACCUGUUUCCCACGCCUUUUAACUCUCAUCAACUCUCACCUGACAUGGAGGGGGAUCUGACCUCUGACCCUGUUGCUAGUUUACCUCUUAGUUCCAGUUAUUAUUUUGCACGUUUCCUUUAUGAACGUUUUACGAAGUCUGACAUCUUAUCCUGCUUUCCCUUUGCUACUUACUGAAACGUCCAACAAACUGCACGUCUUUAUUUAAGCGCAACUCCACCUGUACAUGGCUCUGGUCUGACUGGUGUAACUUCACCUGUAUAUGACUCUGAUGUAACCUGAUUAACUCCACCUGUAUAUGACUCUGGUCUGACUGGUGUAACUCCACCUGUAUAUGGC